AUGGAGUUGACUUCCCCGCAUGCCCCUGGAAAUGAGCCUACCUGGCGAGACUUGAACGCCCUACAUCAGACUGAAGACGAUGAAGCGCCAUCACUCAGCCUGGACUUAACCCACCCCUCAACGAAAUCCAUUGUUCUAUCGCCCAUACUCAUUAUCUUCGUUCUAGCCUUUUCACUUUUGCUCACUCUCUUCAUUCGAAAAAGGGGGUUGCUGUUCUGUCACAACUCCCUUGUCGAGAAGACCUGUUGGCGUGACACGGUCGAGAAGAAGCUGGCGGCUGACAAAGAGAAGAUACCCAAACACUGGCGCCUGAAGCCUGAAGUCAUCACAUGGGCAAAAGCACAGCCUAAAAUCUCAGGGGAGGUGAUCGAGAACCUGCUUGAUGACGAGACAAGGCGCAUCACAAACAUGAAUCCGCGGGAGCUCAUUGGCCAAAUGUCCCAGGGCAAGCUGACUGCUGUCCAAGUGGUGUCUGCAUUUUGCAAACGCGCAGCUUACAGUCAUCAGAUCUGUGAUCUGCUCUUGGAGAUUGGUUUCGACCUGGCGUUGAGCCAUGCCAGAGAAUGUGACGAAUAUUUCAAAAAGCACGGAAAACUAAUCGGAGAGUUGCAUGGACUUCCAUUCACGAUGAAAGAUCAAUUCCACAUUGAAGGGAUGCCUACUAGUGCCGGCUACAUAGGAUGGAUCGGCACCUUUGAAGGCAAACCAGAUUCCGAAAAGUACAUGAAAUUUGAGAGUUUGCUUGUUGAACAACUUAAGUCGUUGGGGGCUAUCGCUAUCGGCAAGUCCGCUGUUAACAACAAUAACAUUCUUGGGUACGCUGUCAACCCGCACAACCGGAACUUAUCAACAGGUGGAUCUUCAGGAGGUGAAGCUGCAAUGCAGGCGUUGAGGGGAAGUUGUUUCGGUUUCGGAACUGACAUCGGGGGCUCAGUGUCUAUACCAGCGGCCUACCAGGGAGUCUACAGUCUGAAGCCGUCUACUGGUCGCAUCUCCUUUCAGGGUGGUGUCAAAAUAGCAGCAAUGCCGGCUGUUGUAGGCAUCAUGGGCCCCUCUCUCGACCUUCUCCAAUCGGUCUUCAAAUCAACACUAUCCACCAGCCCAUGGAUUCGCGACCAGGCCGUGACCAGGAUGCCGUGGCAAGGUUUGUAUGACGGUCAAUCGCCAAUGCGCGCUGACCUUGCAUUUGGAUUCCUUGAAAAUGAUGGGAUCGUUACUCCACAUCCUCCUGUUGCGAGAGCGAUGAGGAUUGUAAAGAAAGCGAUGGAAAUGGCCGAAAUUGAACUUGUUGGCUGGGACCCCCCUAGUAACAGUGAAGUGUCCGCUAUCCAUGUGAGCAACAAGUCCUUUUGUUACCACGAAAUACUACUGUAUCCGCAGCUAACAAUGAUACCCAAGGGCGCUCUCGCUCGUGGCGAUGGGUGCUUAGAUGUUUGGCAAGCCCUGGAGCUAUCUGGUGAGCCUUUGACACUGGAAUUAGAACGUACGUUCCCAGACAGGAGGGCUUUGCCUCCGAUUUCUGUUGUCGACUACCAAUCGUUUGUGGUUCGGAUGAUUGCUUUUCGGGAAAGGUGGAACGAUUAUUGGGAAUCUUCAUUCGAAAGAACGAAGAAUGGUCAUCCAGUUGAAGCGAUAAUAGCACCAGUAACACCGCACGCUGGAAUCAAAAGAAUUCAAACCAAAUACUCUAGUGAGAAAUCGGUUAUCCCGUUGCCUUGUUUGAACUUCAUGCUUAUUCUUCCGGGCUCAGCGUACGCAACUUCAUUGAAUGUUCUGGAUUAUCCCGGUAUUGGGAUCCCAAUCACUUUUGCAGAUCAACACGUCGACGAGAUUGAUCCAAAAUUCAAGCCUCUCACAUCAAAGGACGCGGAUGUAAUGCGGACGUAUGACCCUGGAGAGUUCCAUGGCUCUCCUAUCAGCAUACAGUUGAUCGGAAGGAGGCAAGACGAGGAGAGGCUGUUCGCGAUGGCAAAAAUCGUGCAGGAUGCUGUUGAUAAUCUGAAACGCUCUGGAGUCGAUUUUCUCCAUUGCUAG